AUCUUACACAACAGCGACGGGAAGGAGUCAUGUCAAAUGUAUGGGUUACAGUUUGCAUCUUCAUCUCCCUCGCCUGCCCAUCUAUUGCUCAAUGUGAUUAUGGAUACUUUGGCAUCAACUGUACCUCCAGCUGCCACUGUUUAAACAAUGACUUCUGCAACCAAACAGAUGGGCGUUGCAGCAACUGGAAAUGUGAUCGGGGCUACACCGGCUUGCCACAAUGUCAGGAAAUAUGCCCGGACAUGACAUUUGGCCUGGAUUGUGCAUUUGAAUGUCACUGCCCAGUGAAUGACAACUGCAGCAAUGUGAAUGGAGACUGCAGUAGCGGCCGCUGUCAUCCCGACUGGGGAAGUGCUGGAUGCCAGAAGA